AGACUUUCACGGUUUCAGUAAAGUCUACUGUCUCAGUCCAGCGAGGUCAUACAGCCAUCUUACCCUGCUGGCUCGCUUCCUCUCAGAGUGCAGAAGAUAUGGAGGUACGCUGGUAUCAAGGGAGUGAUGAGUUUGAUACUCCAGUCCUGCUUUAUAAGGCAAGAGUUUUAGACUAUUCAUCCCAGAAAGCUUUGUUUGCUGGCCGAGUCUCAUUCGGCUUAAAGGAAGAAACAUCGGGUGGAUUAAAGGCAGGUGAUGUCAGCCUGAAGCUGGAAAAAGCCACAAUUGAAGAUAUAGGAAGCUACACUUGCUAUGUUAGCAGCUCUGUUGCUUAUAACAGUGCAUCUGUUAUUCUGACUGUGACAGAAACUGGACACCAACCUCUCCUGUCAGCAGUGAUGAGAGACGAUAACAAAGUUAACAUGAGCUGCCAAUCUGACGGCUGGUAUCCAAAACCUGAGCUGAGCUGGUCAGACAGCAAAAAAGCUCUCAUUCCUGCUAAUGUGAUGUUUAGCAAAAACUCUGCUGGUUUUUAUUCAGUCCAUAGUUGGGUUCUGGUCUCCAGUCCCUUUGAGGUCUCCUGCUCUGUUGGGCUCUUCAGUGAAGAACCAAAAGAGGCCAGAAUGCGUCUGGAAAAUCCUCCACCAUUACAAGAAGAGUCAGGAUCCUCAGCUGGAUGGGUGGCCUUUGGGAUACUUCUGGGAGCUAUGUUAGCGACAUUCGGAGCUCUUUACUUCGUGUACUCCAGGAAGAAAGCCAUCAAGUCCAAACCAGGAAAUGACACAACUGAUGGGCCCAGUCUCACAAACAUUCCUGAAGAGAAUGAACCACUUCUGUCAAAAGCAACACGGCGCUCAGCAGCUCUAUUGGAAGCAUCCAAGCAUUAUGUGAAUGUUCAACUGGUGGACACAGGCAAUCAGCUAAUAAAAAUGAAGGAUUCUAUACUGAGAGAAAAUGCUGAUGCAGAGUUUCCAGAUGGAGACAGAGUCACCUGUCUCACUGCAGUCAGAGGAUCACCUGGUUUCUCUUCUGGACGACACUACUGGGAGGUUUGCUUAACAAAUGCAACAGCCGACCUCCUCAAGAAGUCCUGGUGGAUCGGAGUUACAGAUAAACAUAAAAUCCCUCAUGAUGAAAGUUUGUCUCCAUCCUCAAAAAAUGGUUUCUGGUUCUUGUCUUCUUGCCCCAACCAGGAGGAUACUCUUCAGUUUAGCACUGAACCAGAGACAUUCAUUUAUGUUCAGUCAAAACCAAAAACAGUUGGCGUGUAUUUGGACUUUGACAACAGAGAGCUCUCCUUCUAUAAUGUGGAAGAGAAAUGUCUGAUUGGAUCUCUGGCAGCAAAAUUCACAGGUGAACUGUUCCCACUUUUUAACCCUGGAAAAGGUGACCAGGGAACAAUGAAGUUAUUACAGAGAUCUGUUCAGGAUCAGUCAAUUAACACAACAUGUGGAGAAGGAGGAGCAGGACUAGUCGGAUAAGAUUGAGAAUCCAGAGGCAGAAUGUUAAGUGGCACAAAUGAAGAAGAAGAAGGGGGGGAGAACACUGCACAGUGUAAUGUUGUCUUGCAUACAGUAAAGACUAAAGUAAAAGCUAAUAAUCAGGACAAGAUUUGGAUUUAGAUAAAAAUGUACCUUGUUGCUCUCAAAGUUUAAGAAAGUGCCAAAAUGUAUUAUAAGUUUAGGUUUUCUAAAAUUUAAGAUCAACAUCAAUGGUAGCAGUUUCUCUUGAGAAACAAUAAAUGUCUACACAAAAUGUAAGUUGUGUGUAUAUCUAAAUUCACUGAUACUGGAGCUUCCUUCAGUGGGUGACUCACAACUAGAGAAUGUUAAUUAAAUAUCUGACAUUUCACAUGUAAUUUUUGCUGUAUGUGCAGUUAAAGUCAACUUGGAUAAACCCAACAAGAGAAAUCAAUCAUUUCCUUGAUGUUUCUACAAAUAUCAGUUAUGAAUUCUCAAAUAGCACUACUGUCAGCUUCUGACUCUAAAUCUGCACUUCUUCAAAGCCUGGUUUCAACUGAGACAAUCAGUCAGUGGACUAAUCACUAGAAUCACAUGCUACUUUCUCAGAAUAGUAACACCGCUCCACUCGAUCAGUAAAAUAAAUGUACAUACCUGUGUUACUACAUGUGUAGAUUCAUAAUGUCUAAAUUUGUGGUACCUCUUAGUGAAUAUUUACUCAUAGUUAACUUGAUCUACUGUGUUUCAAGUCAUUUUUCUAAUUUCAUAUUAACUGACUUUGAUACCUGUUGUAAAACAGGCUAAUCAAUUUUCCUUUUGUCAAGAGGUAUUAAUACAAGUUGUCAUAAAUAUUUUUGCUAUUAUUUUUGUUAUAUGUUGAAGCUCUACAAAGCUGCCUAUUCUCACUACCAUCUAUAAAAUGUAUGUUCUUUGGAAUAGCUAUCAAAGUGAUGUUUUGACUUUAACUUGACCUAAUUUGUUUUAUAUCCCAGUAUGUGAUGUUCAAUGGAUAUAUGUGUAUGUAUUUCUGGGGCAACUCGGAAGCUAAACUAGAAGAUUGUAUCACUGCGUUAGAGCUUGUUAGGCCCUCAAAGCAUUGAGCGAACAUGCAUACGCUUUAAUAGCUGAAACAUUUUAGCCACAAGGAUGGGAAAGCGUGAAUUAUUUAUUAUAUGGCAGCUCAGUAAAAUUAAGAGCUUCUUUGGCUCCAUGGUGCAUCAAAAAGUAGCGACACUUCAACAAGCUAUUUUUUAUAGGCAUAUAAUACAAGUUGGAAAUUUAAUCAAUCAACUUGCAUGAAAAACUUGCAUGAAACUUUUGAAAUCUGCUAAUUAUUUUAUAAAGAAAACUAAUGCAUCUGUUUGCCAUCUUUUUUGUUUUGUUUUACAUAGGUUCUACCUUACAAUCAAGAAAAGUCAUCAAAAUUUCUGUUGUUUUCAAGAGUUAUUUUUAAUGUGGAUAAAAUAGAUUGAAAUGUCGAUUCUACAACAUGAUUUGAAAUUACAUUUGCAAUAAGAAUAUAAAAAUGAGAAUUAAUUGAAAUAGACCAAAUGUUGACCACUAUUUGCCUUCAGACAUGGUUUCUGUGUUCAAAUUAUUCCUGAAGUCUAAUCAAAUAUAUAUAUAUAUAUAUAUAUAUAAUUUUUUAUUUUAUGUUUUUUAAAGGAUCCAACCUUCUUAUUACAAAAUACGAUUAACUGAAUUGGGUUUUGAUAACUUUAUUUCUGGAUUCUUGCUCUGAGUUCAGUUAAAGAGAAGAAGAUCAGACAUAUUGGAGACAAAAUAUAGGAGCUGUUUAAGAAAACCAAUAGCACAAGAAACACUAAUAUUUUAAAAAUGUUAUGUUUGAUUUGUAUUACUUGAUAGCUGAUAUCGAUGUAUAGGGUUUGAGCUUUUUACUCCAAAUGCUGACAAUGAAAAUUAUUUAUUACAUGGAGAAAAGGUCAAAAUAGGCAUAUAUCUGCUAAAAUGGAGCCUAAAUAUUUCAUCUUAAGUGGAUGAAAUAUUUCAUAUUGUCAAUACAGAAUUUUAUGAAUCUUAAGUUGUUUUUUUAAGAAGCAGUCUUUUUUUUAAAGAAGUAGUCGAGUUCUGCAUCUUUAAGAGUCCCCAUUAUGAUAUGAGAAAAGUAAUUAAGUAUUCAUAACAAAAAGAAAGGAGAUGUUGUAUGUGGGUAACUAUUUCUUUAUUGUAAAAAUGCUUCUUGGCAACAAAAUUAUACUCUUGGAAAACCUUUUUUUCUCACAAUAACGAGGCUUUGGUUUGUUAAAUGUACAUUUCUAUAUUGAGAGUAUGUCUCGUUUCUUCAUAUUUAAUGUACCAAAAUUUGCACACAAAUUUGUAAAUUCAGUUCUCUGUUCUUGAGUCUCCUUACUUAAGUAUUUAUUUUUUUUGAUUAUUGCUUUUUUUCUUCUACAUUAAAAUAAUUUUUAAGUAGUGCUGCUUUUACUUCAGUAAACAUUUUUGCCUGCCCUUGCCAACUCUGACUAUAAUACAGCUGCUCUAUUUUCAUGUCUGAAUUUAGAGAUGUUGCCAAUAAAGCCUUUUUAUUCAC